AUGGCUCUUCUCCGCCGUGUCGUCGCCGCCUCCGCCGCCAUCCUACCGGAGCGCACCGCUUCUAUCGCCAUAGCAGCCCGCCUGGUUCCAACCCAGCGGAACUCUUCGCAGGCAGAACCGGUCUCACCGAAGCCAAAGAAGUUGAAGACGUUCUCGAUCUACCGUUGGAAUCCCGACAACCCAACGAAGCCGCAGCUGCAUAACUUCGAGCUUGAUCUCAGCGAGUGCGGGCCUAUGGUUCUCGACGCGUUGAUCAAGAUCAAAAACGAGAUGGAUCCGAGCUUGACGUUCCGGCGAUCGUGCCGCGAGGGCAUCUGCGGGUCCUGUGCGAUGAAUAUUGAUGGGGAUAAUGGGCUGGCGUGUCUUACCAAGAUCCGGUCGGAGAGCGGUACGGAAACGACGAUCACGCCACUGCCGCACAUGUUCGUUAUUAAGGACCUUGUGGUGGACAUGACCAAUUUCUACGCGCAGUAUAAGAGCGUGGAACCGUGGCUGAAGCGCAAGGAUCCGCCUGAGGUACCGGGGAAGGAGAAUCUUCAGAGCAAGAAGGAUCGGGCUAAGCUGGAUGGGAUGUACGAGUGCAUUCUCUGUGCUUGUUGUAGCACAUCCUGCCCUAGCUACUGGUGGAACCCGGAGUCCUACCUUGGCCCUGCCGCCCUUCUACAUGCCAACAGGUGGAUUCAAGACAGCCGUGACCAGUAUACAAAGGAACGUCUGGAUGCCAUUAAUGAUGAAUUUAAACUUUAUCGGUGCCAUACCAUAAAGAACUGUGUACAUGCAUGCCCAAAGGGAUUAAAUCCUGCUAAGCAGAUUGAAUCAAUCAAAAAGCUUCAACUUAAGCAGUAGCUGUUCUUUCUAUGUUCUGUAGUGAGUACAAUUCCUCCAAUCAAAGCUGUAUUUGAGCUCAUUGCUCAGCAGCUCCUACUGAACAAUUUUUGUUUUCAAUAAUCACUAUUGACUGUAAACUCCUAUAUUUCCUGCCCUUAAUCUUAUUGUUUUGGGAAAUAAAAGGCGUUUGUACUGUAAUUUCUAAUAUGUGAGAAACCAUUCUGUCACAGCUAUGUUUGAUGUUGUCUUAUGAAAUUUUGUGUGAUAUUGCAUUAUUUGAGAGCAAAGUUGAAAUCGA